AUGAACCAUCUGGCACCGACCUCAAGUGAUGCAUGCAUCAACAUUGUGCAGAGUUUAAUGUUCUACAGACAGGGUGAGGAUGCAGAGGCAGGUUUCUCAAAGAAGGCCAUAGAAAGUCUGGUGAAGAAGUUGAAGGAGAAGAGGGAGGAGCUGGACAACUUGAUCGCAGCUAUCACAUCAAAUGGAAGUCAGCCAACGAAAUGUGUCACCAUACCGAGGACGCUGGACGGCAGACUACAGGUGGCCAGUCGAAAAGGUUUUCCCCACGUCAUAUACUCUCGGAUAUGGAGAUGGCCCGACGUACAUAAGAAUGAGCUGAAGCACCUGAAGUUCUGUCAGUUUGCGUUCGACCUGAAGCAAGAUGGCAUCUGCGUCAAUCCUUAUCAUUAUGAACGCGUCCCACCCACUGGAUUAGAAUCAAGUUACAUGGUUGAUCAGGCAGCAAACAGGAUAUCGUCGUCUUCGACGUCAUCAUCCUCCAUGGUGAACAGUCGUCACCAUGAUGACGUCAAGGUUACCAAAGAUCCCGAAGACAGCAAGGUUGAUCUCUUUGAUCUGACGAAAAAUAAUAACACUGCUAAUAAUAAAAGCCAAAAGGCCUCAGCAACGACAACAGCAGACGCCACAACAACGUCCUUAUCAGCUGCUAAUUCACCAAGCGGUAGCCUGCAACAGCUACAACAUUCGUUUCACAACAGCUCUCCGACGACGUCAGCCAGUUACAACUUCAUAGCAGCUGAACAACAACAGCAGCAAAUAAACAUUCAUUCAUUUAUUCAUUCGCCCAUUCAUUCAUUCAUUCACCCAGUACCAGAAUUUUGGUGCAGCAUAACUUACUUUGAACUGGAUCAAAAGGUAGGUGAGAUCUUCAAAGUUCCAUCGUCGAAUCACACAAUCUCAGUUGACGGAUACACGGAUCCAUCUAGUCUGGAUAGGUUUUGUUUGGGCAAGUUAACAAACGUUCACAGAACUGAAUCAAUUGAAAAAGCAAGGUUAUACAUUGGCAAAGGGGUGCAGCUGGUGUUAGAAGGAGAGGGUGAUGUGUGGGUGAGGUGUCUCAGUGAGCACAGCAUUUUCGUUCAGAGUUUCUACCUGGACAGAGAGGCAGGGAGAGCACCAGGAGAUGCGGUUCAUAAGAUUUAUCCCGCUGCUUUCAUUAAAGUAUUCGAUUUAAGUCAGUGUCAGAGUCAAAUGCAGCAACUGGUGGUUCAGGCGCAGACGGCUGCUGUGGCCCAGGCGGCUGUCGUCGCCGGCAACUUUCAGAGCCCAAAUAGUGUUGGGUCGUUGGCUCCUGCUAUCAUCGCACACGCACACAAACACACGCACGCACGCAUCACAGGUUUAUCACCGGCAGCAAGCAUUGGAGCCGACGAUCUCAGACGAUUGUGCGUGCUACGUUUAAGUUUUGUGAAGGGCUGGGGUCUGGACUACCCACGACCGACUAUAAAGGACACGCCCUGUUGGAUUGAGGUGCAGUUGAAUCGGCCCCUGCAAUUUCUUGACGAGUUUCUUCAAGCUAUGCCGAUGUCGAAUGGUGUCGCGAGUACUGUGACUUCUGGUGCUGCUGCUGCUAAUGGAGGGAGGAAUUAUAUGUGCUGA